UGGCAAUGCAUAAAUUUAUCCUGACUCCUUGCCUCGUGCGUUCAAACCUGCCAUGAGCUAGCUAGCAUCCCAGAACUCCCUCACUACCAAUUCCAGCCAAGAUAGUUAAAAUCACACGAGCACAAUCACCAUCACCAUCUUACCUUCAAAAAACCCAUGGACUAAUUCGAAUCCUAUCUUUUUACACCGGUGGAACCGCUAGAUCCUCUCCAAAUGCGCACCACCAUCCCCCUCCUCCAAUCCGCCGCCGCCGCCACCACCACCACCACCACCACCACAACACCACCAACAACAACAGUCCUCUCACUCUGCCUGCGCACCCUACAUGGCACCCAUCUCCAGCGCAUCGCCCAGCGCACCGGCAUCCACUCCUCCGGCACGAAACCCGUGCUCACCCGCCGCCUCGAGACGGAACUGCCGCAAUGCGAGUACCAGCGCGCGCCCUCCGCCGGUGCGCCGGCUCCCGCCGCGCAGGGAAUGAGCAUCCUCAGCAUCGACAUGGGCAUCCGCAACCUCGCCUUUGCGCAUUUGCUCGUCGCCCCGCCGCCGCCUACACCACCGCUGCACUCCUCCGGCGCCCUCAAGCGGGAAGAAGAUGCUGGGGAUAGGCAUCGGCCGCGCAUCACGCUGACCGCAUGGCGCCGGCUCUCCGUCUUCGCCCCCGACUCCGACUUCGAACUGCAAUCGCAAGAGCCAUCGCAACUGCACCCGGAGACCGCCGUGCCCUUGACUACUCAGAACCAGACCCAGACCCAGACCCAGAUCCCCGAUGAAGCCAGCGAACCAACCGAAGCCCACCCCCCCCCCUCAGACCCAGCUCCAGCCUCAGACCUAGAUCCAGACCUCGAUCCAGACCCAUCUCCAGAAGAAGAAGCCGGCAAGGUUAUAGGGCCUUAUUGCCCCGCCAGCUACGCCGAGGCCGCGUACGCCCUGAUCACGACCCUGCUGGCCCGGUACCGGCCGACGCACGUGCUGAUCGAGCGCCAGCGGUUCCGGUCGGGCGGGAGGGCCCCCGUCCAGGAGUGGUCGAUCCGCGUGGGCGUGUUCGAGGGGAUGCUGUAUGCGGUGCUGGAGGCGUUGCGGCACGAGAGGGGGGCUCAUCCGAACUCGAACUCGAACUCGAACUCGCACGCGGUUGGGGGGCCGGGGCCGGGGCCGGUGCCGGUGCCGGUGCCACAGGUUUACGGGGUGGAGCCGGGGCGGGUGAGUCGGUUUUGGUCGGGGCGGGUUUCUCCUAUUCAUGGGGAGGGGGAGGGGAAAGCAACCGGCGAGCGGAAGAGACGCAGAAGGAAGGUGCAGCAGCAGCAGCAGCAGCAAACCCCACCUCCACCGCAAGCAGACGCGCCCGCCACCGCCGAAGACGGCGCCGCGGAGGCCGCGACAGAGCGUCCCGCCCGAAAGAAAAAGAAGAGCGCGGGCGAGGUCAAGAAGAUGAAGAUGGAUCUGGUCGGGCACUGGCUGCAGAACGCUGCUGCCGCCACCACCACCACCACCACCUCCUCCUCCUCCUCCUCUCUGGCCGUGGCGGACGACCAGGAGUUACACCAGUGGGUGGAGGCCUAUCGCACCAGAUGGCAGACCCGCCGAGGAGCCGGCGCCCACCUGCCGGAGAUCGGCAAGCUGGACGAUCUGGCGGAUUGUCUGGUGCAGGGCGUCACUUGGCUCGAGUGGCAGCAGAUGCGCCACCGGCUCCUGGUUGAGCCUUCGCUGCUGCUGAAGAUCUAGUCUGUUAUACAUGUAUUUAUACUCGGGACCAAUCAAUGUAUAGUAAGGUCUAGAAUCUUAGUAUAGCCCCCCGUGUCAUACCCCAUACCUAUUCUACAGUGCUACAC